GGGGUGAGCGCGCUCAGCCUGGCCUGCCCAGUCUUCUGCCUGUCAUCCCCCAGCAAAUAGAGCUGCUGACAGCUGCUUGGGACUCUGCUGCCAGGCCCUGGCCCAGACCGCUGCCUCUCCGCUCUCUCAGUGACUCCCCAGCCACAACUCCUCCAUGGCCCAGAAAGAAGAGGCUGCUGAGGCUUCUGCGCCUGCCUCGCAGAAUGGAGAGGAUCUGGAGAACCUGGAGGACCCCGAGACGCUGAAGGAGCUGAUUGAGCUGCCGCCCUUUGAGAUUGUCACAGGAGAGCGGCUGCCUGUCAACUUCUUCAAGUUUCAGUUCCGGAACGUGGAGUACAGUUCUGGGCGCAACAAGACCUUCCUCUGCUAUGUGAUUGAAGAGCAGGACAAGGGAGGCCAGGUGCAGGCCACCCGGGGAUACCUGGAGGACGAGCACGCCACUGCCCACGCGGAGGAAGCCUUCUUCAACACCAUCGUGCCGACCUUCGACCCCGCGAAGCGCUACAACGUCACCUGGUACGUGUCCUCCAGCCCCUGCGCAACGUGCGCUGACAACAUCAUCAAAACCCUCGGCAAAACCAAGAACCUGCGCCUGCUCAUUCUGGUGGGGCGCCUCUUCAUGUGGGAGGAGCCGGAGGUGCAGGCUGCUCUGCGGAAGCUGAAGGAGGCCGGCUGCAGGCUACGCAUCAUGAAGCCCCAGGACUUCGAGUACAUCUGGCAGAAUUUUGUGGAGCAAGAAGAGGGCGAAUCCAAGGCCUUUGAGCCCUGGGAGGACAUUCAGGAGAACUUCUUGUACUACGAGGAGAAGUUGGCAGACAUCCUGAAGUAGGCGACGGCUCAGCCUCACGUCUGCCUGCUGCCACAGAGACAGUGGUGACAUGUAUGGCCAUCUGGGACAUGCCUGACUUCCUAAUACUAGUUGGAGCUGGACAACAUUCGACAAAUGACUCCCACUGCACAAAGCCCUCUGAGGACUCAAAAUACACUUUUCAUGCUGUAAAUCAUUUUAGCUAUGCGUCUCUCUCCAAGGCUGCUCCCAGGAAAGAGGAAAGUGAGCUGCAAAGAGAAAUAGCAACCAUAUGUAGGCAUGAGGCAUCCGUGGGGCUGAGGGUCCUAAUUAUUCCCCAAAAUGGGCUGCUUAAGGCAAAGAGCCUCAGACCCAAGAUCUGCGUAGAUCUUUGAAAUAUGUCCAGAAAUGCAUUUUAUGUUAAGUUGGUUUUUUUUUUUUAAAGAAAAAUAACCAGCAACAUCAAUAAAAGAAGUCGUGUGGUU